GGAAUUCACAAGCCAAGCAUCACAGUGAAUACGGCUUGCAAGUGGCUGGCGAAGAUGGGAUGGAGGUAUGGCCGGAAGCGAAACGGGAUGUACGUCGAUGGUCAUGAGCGGGAGGAUGUGGUGAAGUACCGAAAGGAGUUUGUGCAGCGCUGGAAAGAGAAGUAUGAGCCUCGAAUGCAUGUGUGGGAUGAAGACGGUAAUGAGAUAGCUCCUCGCGAUCGUCUCGCCGAUGGCUUUGUGCGAUUGAUUCUUGUCACGCACGAUGAAUCGAUGUUCUACGCACACGAUGAGCGUAAACUGAUGUGGUACCGUGUCGAUCAGAAGGCCACUCCCGAGCGAAAAGGUCCCGGCACAUCGCUGAUGGUGUCGGAUUUC